GCGUAUCAUACGUAAUUUCCGUCGCUUCGUCCGACUGCGCCUGACAUGGCUGACUCCUUCCCUGCCAAAGCAAAGAACUUUUACAUUCAUCGGGUAUCACUCCGACGGAACAGCUGUGGCGGUCCUUCGGCACCACAAUAGUACACUCUGUCGAGCCGUAGUGAGCGUUCGCACGCGCAAAUACGUUGGCGUUUUAAAUUUAUAACCUCAAACCGUAUUUUGUUUACGAUGAUCUCGGCGCAUACCGGUAGCUUUCGCGUAAUUUCUAUCGACCGUGGUCAGUGAUUCGCCCCUUUUAAAUCUUUACUCGUGCGGGAAGAAUCGCAAAACCGCAGCGGAUGGUUAUGGGCAAACCGAAAAAAGACCAGAAACUCCUCAACAAAAUGGCAGACGUGGUGGCCGACCGACGCAAAGCCGUCCAUUUGAAACGAUCCAAGUCGGUGAGAGCGUCCCUACGAUUCAUUGGUACAAAAUUCCUAAGCAAGCAUACCAACAACAACAACCAAUCGCCGAUGACGAAGACGACGUCGAUGUCAAGCAUCCACGAGUUCUAUCAGUCGGAGAGACAGACGGAAUAUCUGAUGGGAGCGCUGUAUCAGCAAAGAAAACCUCCGGAAACAAUUCUCAAGACUCCGUUCAAGAAGCCCGAGAAAUUCAACAAGAACAAGAGAGAUUUGUUGGACGGGCACGUGAGGAUCAGCACUCCGCCGGAGGAGGUGGCUCCCAAAGCUGCCCAGUUGCUGCAGAUACCGCAUUUUAGAGAAGAAUUGGCGCCAAGGGUUAACGAUCUGAAGGGGGUCCAGUUUGGCGGCUGCUAUAGGGACAACGGGUUCCACAGGGGCGCUCUGAGGCUGUCGAUGACGACGAGGAGAAAGAACUACACGAGGAAUUCGUCGCUGUCUGAGGACGACCGUAAAAAACUCCCCAGCCUGCCGGGCGACUUCGAGAUGGAGGUGGCAAGCAUCCCCCUCGCGAGGGGCUUGCCACCUCCAAGCCACAAGCCCACCAAAAAGGAAGCCAAACUGCUCCAACAGAAACUAGAAAAGUUGGCCCGCAUCAACAUCCAUCUCCACGCUCUGUUUGCGGCGGUGGAAAACGGCCAUUUAGAAAAGGCGCGGACCAUUUUGGAGUCUACAGACGUCGACGUUAACAGCGUCAAUUGCGACUGCCUGUCGCCGCUAGAUGUCGCCGUGUUGAGCAACAAUCGACCGAUGGCGAAAAUGCUUAUCGGUUUCGGCGCGAAGGAGGGAAACAAGUUCGCCAGCUCGGACAAGAUGGGCUCCCACCUCAAACAGCUCCUGGGUGAAGCCGAAAUGCGCCUGCAGGAACUCGGCGGUCUCUUGGACGAACCCUGCGGGGCUUCCCUUAACACCAGAGCCUCGUUUUCCAGCAUUAUCGGGAACACGUACCCAGCGCCCUCCAUGACAGGUUGUGCUGGGGGCGAUACCGAGAAGCAAGCUAUAGCUUGGGGGCGCAAAGCCAAAAUGCUGAAGAGAUUGGUGCUGGGUUUCGCUCAGGCGCGGCCCCCGGAUCCGCCGUCACUGGUCGCGUUGGACAUUACAGCCCAUUCGACGGUGACGGUGAGGCUACAGGAACCCACGGUUCAGGAGUCGCCCAUCGCGACGAAAUUUAGGGUGCAAUGGUCCACGAGGUCGGACUUUUCGAUAAUUACGGGUGAAAAAGAAAUCACGGACAUGUCCAACCCCAAGUGCGUGGUGGACCUGACGCAGGGCAGGCGGUACUUUUUCAGGGCAUGCUGCGGCAACCUCAAAGGUUUCGGCACGUUCCUGGUCUCGACCCCGUCGUCGGUGGUACCGUCCACUUGGAGAGAGAUCGACAACAAGAAGCCGAGGUUCGGCGGAAGACUGAAACAGCUGGAGCAGCUGAUGGAAGAAGUGAAACAGUUUCGCCCUGGCAGCGAGAUCCUCGAGACGCCAGGGCCGACGCGACGAGUCCCGAGGAAAAAGACCACCAUCAAGCAACUGUUUACGGCCGCCAGCAAAUUCCAGAAGCACCUGCGCAGAGGCAUAUAUCUAGCGUGCAUCCUUUACCACGAAGACAAAGUCCUGGUGACGAACGAAGACUUCCUGCCUGUGAUAGAAAUCGACGAGACGUUUCCUAGCUGCGUCCAAGCGGACUUGCACUGGUUGAUGAAGGUCGCCUGCACUUGGGACGACACCAAGAGUUUCAGGUCGGUGAUGGAAGAGCACUCGUCGUCCGCCGUCCAUUUUCGCACGAAAUUGCUGUCCGCGGCGCUGCAGAUGCAGUCGUCGUUGUGCCUCCAAGACCUCGGGCAGCUCUACUACAAGCCGCUACGCGAUUCGCAGGGUACCGUGGUGCUAAGUACUAUAAAUUACGUCAAGUCGCCCAAGUCGGUGAGCGUGUUGAACUCGCGUUGGUUGCCGAUGAAUAAGGUGUUUAAAAAAGUUGUGCUAAGUGACGAUCACAACAUCGCGGAAGUGUUGAUGGCGAGUAUCCAGGAGCAGAUCAACUAUCACCAGGUGUCGGGACUGAAGCUCACCAAAGGGCUGUAUGUCGCUUACCUGAAGAUGCAGAGCUCGGUGGAUAUGAUUCAGGUGGUGGUGUCGUCUAAAAGUCCCAACAUGUUGCCCCACUGCAAGGUCAGGGAUAAUCCCCACGUGUCGGCCGAAGAAUGGGAAUACCUCAAGCAGCAACAUCUGCCCGACAUCUUGGACAACGCGACCGAAUUGCAACGAACUUUCCUCGAGCUGGUGACGAGCGCCGCCAAGAGGCUGUUCAACUACAUGGACAUCGGCAACGAGGAGGCGAACAAUCAUCGCCUUUACGACUCCGAGGUGAUCGACCUCACCGACGAGGUCAGCUUUAUAGUCGUAUGUCCGUCCGCCGAGCUAUCUUGCAGCGUUCCCGGCCAACGAGAGAUCUUGCUCCAACGCGGCGACCUUCUCAGCCUUCCUAUCCAGGUGUUUGAGAUGAUACACCUGAACACAUAUCAGCCGAGCAUCGUUAGGAAAUACUCCAAGCUCAGCUGCCUGCUGGAGCUCGACGCCGCGACCGCCAGUCACCUGCACCGGGAGGCCUUUUCCAACAGCGAAGUCGCCGUCGCCAGGGAACGUUUGGCUAAGCUCCAGGACCUGCAGUCGCGACUCAACUCGGUGUGGAAGAGCGUUCGCUGGUUAAUGGACGUCAUCUCGUUCGCCAGAGACAGGUACAUGAGCGGCAUCUGCAUGCGGUACAUUCUAGAAAAGGAAAUAGGCGUAUGUACCAGCCCGAAGAGGAGCCUUCUUCAACUACCGUCGAGGGAUACCAAAGUGAUGAAAAGUACCCCGGGUAGGGGCUCGUGGCCCGGUCCCGGGGGUUCGAACAACAUAACCAACGGUUCCAACCUAAUGAGUGAGUUCAGCAAGAGCGAGCAGCAGCUUAACAUUAACGGCACCACGUCCAACUACUUGUCAGCCUGCAGCAAUUCUCAAUCGAGGAAAAACAGCGACAGCUACAGCAGCGAUUACUUUUCGCAACUUCCCCCGUCCCGCAGCGAGGACAUGCUCUUCUCAUUGCCUACAUCUUCGCCGCAGAGGUGUCGGGCGAGUACCAUGUCCAGCGCGUCAGCGACCACGAGUCCGUUGCUGAGCGUCCGACCUCUGUACGGAGGGAGCUUGAUCAGCGUAAACACCAUCAACACCGACAGUAUGCACAGUCUGAGUUCCGACAGUGAUCAAGCUCACCCUCUGAGUGCUUCGACGCCGAACAAGAACAAGAACAGGCCUAAAAUUGUUCCUAGCAGAAGCAUGACGAACGUCAAACAGAAUAUCCUCGACGUGAGCUCUAGAUCUGACAGAAGUAGGCCGAGGUACCUGAGCGUCGAACCUCGAGCGCAACCAUCGAAUUUAGAAUCGAGCCUCUCUAAAAGCCUGACCAACAUUAAGACUGUAUCAGACAUCGACCUAGGCAGUUCUAACUACCUAAAGCCCCUAGACGCGUUAAGGAGACCAGAAGUCAACCCGGACAUCUUCAAAGUUCCUUACAAGGACCCUACCGCGGAACAGUCCUCCUCCAAGGAACAAAGCGGUAUUCUGCAGGUGUUCGCCGCUUACGAAACGGGCUUGGCGAGCGGCACCAGCCUCAAACUUCACGUGACGCCCAGAACGACGGCCCGGGAGGUCGUCGAUUUGGUAGUGAAACAGCUCAACAUGGCCGUCGUGCUCAAAGGCAAAGACGGACCGAUUUACAAUGCCGACAAACUGAAGAACUUUUGUCUGGUUGCCGUCAUAGGCGCUAGAGAGAGGUGCUUGCGAGACGACUUUAAGCCGUUGCAGCUGCAGAAUCCUUGGAAGAAAGGUAGACUGUACGUGAGGCAAAAGCAAGACGUUUUAGCCGCGUUGGAACAUAGCAGUAAGCAUAGCGCUAUAAUUUGAGCAGCCGAAUGUUAAGGUACAAGAUUAGAGUUGCCACGAUGAUGGGCAAGACAAAGAGUAACUCAGAUCGAACGAGCGGCGGAGCCAAGUGAGCGAGUCCGGUUGAGUGCCAAUGAAAAAGCAUUAGGCUCCUCCCAUGCGAUGCGUACGUUGCUCCCAUUCGCUGGAAACAAUCAUAGGUGAUUUGUUCUUUGUUCUGGUAGACGCCGCCCAGUCAACGUGGUAACAAUUAACGAGAAUUUAGUCAAAUUGAAUUGGUGCUAGAAAAUUAUUUACACUUGUCUUAUGAUUAUAUAAUUAGUUAGGGAAAAUCUGUUGCCUAUACAUUUAGACUCCCCUCCCCAAAGCCCCGCAAAGAGAAACCUAUAGUGUUUGUUGUAUUGAUUGAUAGAGUUUAAGAAAAAUGUAUAGCCAACAUUACACUAGGCGUCCCUUGGGCCACGUGUCGCAAACAUGGCGUUAGGGAAUUUGAUGCUGUGAUGAUAUAUAUAUUAUCGUUUUUAAUGUAAACUAGGAAAUAAACAAACAAAAUAUUAGGACCACAUUUUCUGAAUUUAACGUCAAAUUAAAUGUCUUAGGGUUAAUUCAGGUCAACGCAAUGGUAUCAAAAUGUUUUGCGUCGUUAGGUUUUUUUGUAAUGGCGGCAGGAUCGUUCGGGGCGUAGGAACUUUACAGGUUAGAGUCGAAUUGCGAAGAAAAAUGGGACAUUUUAUUCAAGAAAUCUCUUUAUAUUUUUUAUUUUUAUUUAUAGUUUUCGCAAUUUGUUAGCGAAAAUUUGUUUUAGCUAGAUCUUUUAUUGACGUUUUACUUCCUCAGUUCCGAUAAAACACAAGGCAUUAAAAUGAAGGGUUUUUUUUACUUUCAGUUAUUUUUUUAUGUUUUGUUAAUUAGUAAAUGUGGAUCUUUUUUUUUUCAUUGGUGUCGACAACUUGUACUGACUAUACUCAGCUCCGAACGACCCUUAUAAUUGUUAAACGAAAAAUAUUGGUUAAAGCUUUAAACAAAUACAUAUAUAUAUAUAUUUAGAAGAGACGUAUCCAGCCACAUUUUCGAGCUUAUAUGUAAAAAUGUAUAUGUAUAUAUAUAUAUAUAUAUAUAUAUAUAUAUAUAUAU